CAGAAAAAUAGAAGUCCUCUCACGCGCCGUCACCACCACGGGCCCUGGAAAGCAGCCAGGCAAAGAAAAGGAGGAAACAAAAGAAAAUAAAUAGAAAAAACCCUUUUUUGGGGAAUCUCGGCUCCCCCAGCGGCAGGCAGCGUCCGGCGCCGACCUCUUGGACCUCUCCUCCGCCAUGAUGGACCUGGAUCCCCGCCUCUACGAGGACGCCUCUGUCAGCGAUAAUGACGUUCGCAACAUAGUGCUAUCUUAUCUUAUGCACAAUUGUUUUAAGGAGACCGCAGAGACCUUCCUAUCCAGCACUGGGUUAAAGUUGCCUGUUGAUUAUACUGUAGAUGUGGAUAAGCGUAAAGCGAUCUUAAAGUUUGUGGUGGAAGGGGAUGCCGUGAAAGCCAUAGAACUGACAGAAGAGUUGGCGCCCAAGUUGCUAGAGAAUGACAUGGAUUUACAUUUUGAGCUUUUAAGUCUCCACUUCAUUGAGCUAAUUCGUUCCAGAAAAUGCACAGAAGCACUUGAGUUUGGCCAGAAAAAAUUGACGCCCUUUGGUAAAGUUGCCAAGUAUGUUGAGCAAUUAGAGGACUUUAUGGCCCUUCUAGCUUAUGAAGAGCCUGAGAAGUCACCUAUGUUUCAUCUACUAACCCCGGAGUAUAGGCAGAAUGUUGCAGAUAGCUUGAAUCGGGCUAUUCUUGCGCAUGCUAAUCUACCAGCAUAUUCAUCAUUGGAGAGAGUUAUACAGCAGUCGACCGUGGUUAGACAAUAUCUACAUCAGGAAGUUGACAAGGAUUCUUACCCACCGUUUUCUUUGAAGGCCUUUCUGGACAAGUAAGGCGCAACCAAUGGACCUUGAUCAGAAAGGAAAAGGCUAUUAUCAUCACCCCUGGACUCAUGUGCCCUUGAGAGCGCGGAAACAACACCGAGAGUUUUUCACGUUUUCGUUUAAAGAGAACAGCGAGAUGCACAUAUCUGCAACGACCUGACAUUGUUGACAGUUUUGUACUUUGAUAGAGUGGUGUUGUAUGUGUUUUUUUGUUUCGUCGGGUCGUCGGUAUUCUGCUUCCCCUUAGUCGUCAUUAAACAUGUACAUAUGGAAGCGCUGGGCCGUUUUGUACUUUGAUAGAUUGCUUUGGUGUGAGCCAGUUUGCUGUCCACUGGA